AUGGUGGAGAAGCGAAGCCGAAAAUUCGAACGAAGCCUUAGCAGAAUAUCGAAUGAUGCAGCAGCGACAGGGGACACACCAGCCCCCGCGGAGCAGCCACCCUACAGCCAAGGGUGCCUGGAGGAGGAGAACGAGAUGGCAAUGGCAGCGCCCUUCAAGCAGGUGGUGGUUCGGGAUCUGCGCCAUGGAGAAGAAAUCCCGCUCCAAGCCCAUGAAGGAGAUCCUCUCCCGCCUGGAAGAGUUUGAGUUCCUCCGACCAGUUAUCUUUCCUGAGGAUGUCAUUCUUAAGGAGCCUGUUGAGAAAUGGCCCAUAUGCGACUGCCUCAUCAGCUUCCACUCAAAGGGCUUCCCAUUAGAGAAGGCACAGGCAUAUACAGAUCUGCGAAAGCCCUAUGUCAUCAAUAACCUCGAUAUGCAGUAUGACCUUCAGGACAGAAGAAAAGUUUACCAGACAUUGCAAAGAGAAGGCAUUGAACUUCCAAGAUUUGCAAUUCUAGACAGAGAUUCAAAAGAUCCUUCUAAGCGGGAACUAAUUGAAGGUGAAGAUCAUGUAGAAGUGAAUGGCAUCAUCUUUAACAAGCCCUUCGUGGAGAAGCCUGUCUCUGCCGAAGACCACAACAUCUACAUCUACUACCCCACCUCUGCGGGUGGGGGUUCUCAGAGGCUAUUCAGGAAGAUUGGUUCUAGAAGCAGUGUUUAUUCACCAGAAAGCAGAGUAAGAAAAACUGGAUCUUAUAUAUAUGAAGACUUUAUGCCAACAGAUGGAACAGAUGUUAAGGUAUACACAGUUGGACCAGAUUAUGCACAUGCAGAGGCAAGAAAAUCUCCAGCAUUGGAUGGUAAAGUGGAGAGAGACAGCGAGGGAAAGGAAGUGCGAUACCCUGUAAUAUUAUCCAAUGCAGAGAAGUUGAUUGCGAGAAAAGUGUGCCUUGCAUUCAAGCAAACUGUCUGUGGAUUUGAUCUGUUGAGAGCAAAUGGCAAAUCAUACGUUUGUGAUGUGAAUGGGUUCAGCUUUGUCAAGAAUUCUAGCAAGUAUUAUGAUGAUUGUGCCAAGAUCCUUGGUAACAUGGUACUCAGGGAGUUGGCACCAACAUUCCACAUACCUUGGGCCAUUCCCUUCCAGCUAGAUGAUCCACCAAUAGUGCCAACAACCUUUGGGAAGAUGAUGGAGCUCAGGUGUGUGGUGGCUGUGAUCAGACAUGGUGACAGAACGCCAAAACAGAAGAUGAAAAUGGAAGUGAGACACCCAAAGUUUUUCGAACUCUUCGCCAAGUAUGAUGGCUACAAAGAUGGACACAUCAAGUUAAAGAAGCCCAAGCAGCUACAAGAAGUAUUGGACAUUGCUAGAGCUUUGCUAGCGGAGAUCGAGCAGAACCGAGCAGACCCAGAGACGGAAGAGAAGAAGGGGAAGCUGGAGCAGUUGAAGAGUGUCUUGGAAAUGUGAGUCUGUCCUGAUUCUCAUAAGCAUGGCCUGACUUCAGCACAGUCCAGUUGAUUUGACGUAGCAUGUAGCAUCUGUUAUUGCCUGGUAAUGCUGUACAUUUACAUGCUGUGUGUUAAAGAUGCCAGUUGAUUGUAUCCUGUUUUUGUAAAUGUUUUAUUUGUUUGUUUUUUAAGUCUGAACUCAGAUUUGAUAACAGCAAAUUGUGUAAUGUUUGUGAUUGUUUGUAUUUUGAGUAAUGCUUUCAAAGUAGACAAGUUUGUAUUCUGUGUCACUUGCUGUUUGGAAAGACAAAGCACCCUGAAGUUGUACUCAGCUUGCUAGGUUGUGUGUGCUAGCAAGUUUUGUGAGUUUUUGCAUGCACAUCAAUUAGGAGCUUAUACUAGAAGCUUUAACAGAAAGUGUUCACUGUAAUCUCUCAUUGUAUGUUUUGAAAUUGAUUUAGUUACUGUGAACUAAAUUAUGGAAGUCCUCAUAGUGAAGUAAUGUUUAGAAUUCUGCACAAACCAUAAAACUGCUAAUGUGCAGAAAUACAUUUCAUAUGUAAUUAAAAGCUUUUUAAAAAUUGGCAUUAUGCAAUUUUGUAAACAAUAAUGACACAUAUUAACUGUAAGUGAAUGCUGACAAUAGAAUGUCUUCUAGUUCAAUUUUUUGCAUGUCUUUUAUGUUGUAUUCGUCAUAACUUAUUGAUUAGUGUAAAUGAUUCGUCCCCUUUCUAUAUGUUGUUGUAUGUGUAGUGUUGUCAAGGCAUUGCAAAAAUUGUCUUUUGUUAAAAUCGCCACAAAGUCUUCUGAUGGUUCACAUGUAUUUAUUAGAUUCUUUUAUUUUUCACAUGCAUAAUUACUCUCAUUGAAGUUCACUGAAAAAGACAGCACUAAGUUGAAAUAAUGCUUGAGAGUUUUGGCCUCUAGUUAUGAGACAGAUUGCAAUGUCCAUCUUUAUGCAUAACAAAGUGAUACAGAAUGUAAAUUCAGAAAUUUCCCUGUACUUACAGAUCAGACAUUUUAUUUAUUUUUCAGCAUUUUUACAUUUUGUUUAUGUGUAAGACCGAUUUUUUAACACAAGACAACACAAUUGCAUUUACUCUUUGAUACACAAUUGAUGAUUUAAUUCUUUUAGGGUAAUGAUUAUAUCAACAGGUGCAUAAGUACAGGUAGUUUACAAGCUAUUAUUCUCUCAUCUAAAUUGUCAUAGGUUUACUAGUUAUUGCAGACAAAAAAAUCAAAACCAAGUAUUUACCAUCACUGGCUUGAUGAUUAAAAUAUGUUGAGAGAAAUCCAAUUUUCUCUUCUUAAAUGUGAAGAAGUUUUAACAAAUGCUUUGGCGUUACUUCAACUUUUGACAUUUGUGUACACUGAAUUAGAUUUAUAUAUGUAUGCAGUACCUAUAUACACUGGUGUGUCCAUGCUUACAUGUAUGAAAGUCUUUGUCCAGAGAAAUACAAUGAUGCACAUGAUCAAAUAGUCUC